AUGUCGACACCGUCCUCCGUCGACCAAACGGUCCAGAGGGACCAUCUCCCCCCUUCACCUGGCCAGGCCGUCACCCCUGGACCAUCUCACACCCUCCAGAAGGAGGGCCUCAACAAAGGUGAAGUCAGCAAAGACGGCUCCACCUUGCCAUCAGGCCCCAACACACCUGAGGCGACGGGUGAGAUCCCCGACCUGUCACCUUCUCUCUCUCUCUCACCUUCCACCCCCGACCUCUCAUCAUCCACCUUCUCCUCCUCACCCCACUCCUCCAACAACUACGACAGCCCUCCGGAGGCGUCGUCGUCGGAUCACUCCGACUACUAUCUCGAGUCCUCGGAGGAGGAGGACGAGAUCUACGGCAGCGAGGAUGAGAGCGACAACGUGCCAGAGGGCACGACACUAGCUGCCGCAGAGGAGCCCGCCACCAGAAGGUGGCAAUACCAGUACUUCCGCUCCCAGCCCGACACGUGCCUGGGCGGCGGCUGGGCCCCCGGCAGCCCGCUGCCCAACCGGACGUACGCGAACGAGCACAUCGCGGUGGCCGAGUCGCCCCUCCAGGGCCACGGGGUCUUCGCGGCGGCCGACAUCAAGGGGGGCACGGAGGUGCUCAUGGAGGCGCCGCUGCUCCGCGGCAGGGGCCUGGGGAGGCUCUGCGCGGGGCGCGCCCGCCUGGACGGCGAGGGGAGGGCCGUCUACGACGGGCUCGUGGGGUACCACGAGAGCGACACGUGCCCGGUGCGGAAGAGGUGGAGUGCGAACUCCUUCGACCUCGCCGGGGGCUACAACGGCGUGUUCGCAAUCGCCUCCAACUUCAACCACGCGUGCAGGACACGGAGGAACACCAGCUACGAGUGGGACGAGCGGAAGGGGCUGAUGACCUUCACGGCCAUCAGGGACAUCGAGAAGGGGGAGGAGUUGCUGGUCUCGUACUGCAACUACCGGCACGUGCUCAAGGCCGUGUACGGCUUUGUCUGCCACUGCGGUGGCUGCGAAAACCAGGCAGUCGACCUGUGA